GCGUGCGUGCGUGUUUGCGGGCCCAGAAAUUUGUAGCACCGUUGAAGGUACAAUAAUAUCCAGGGUCUUGUAAAAUUAUUUUGAUGCCACAAUACAGAAUGCGGAUUUUGGCGCGUACCGCGAAAGAUCGACAAAUGUUUACAAUGAGCUGCAUGCACUGGUUGGAUCAUUUAUCUGAACUGGUUGUGUGAAGUGCGAAAUAAUCAAUAUGGAGAAAAAUUAGGAAGGUAUAGGUUCGGACUCGGGUAUAGAUGACGCGUCCCUCUGUUAAAUAUUUUCUUUUUCCUUUUCAUGGAGAAAAAUUACGAAGGUAUAGGAUCGGACUCGGGUAUAGAUGAUGCGUCGAUCCCUCUGCUGCAUUUUUUCUUUUUACUAUUUUUUUUCUUAUUUUUUGCGGCCUUAUGGCGCAGUUUCUUGCUUUUCGCUUCGACUCAAUUAUUCAGCAACGUUCACGGCCGCAGACAAAGAUAAGCAGUCGCGCAGCGCUCCGUCUUCCUACCAACGCACGUUUUAAUAUGCUAAGUGGCCUUGCGGGCAGUGUGAAAAUAAGAACGUAAUGAUCAAAGAGGACGAGGCAAUCCUCACUCCGCCAGCAAGAGGGUCUGUGCGUGGACAUACUUUUCCUUUCUUUUUUCUUUCCUUGACGUCCGCGAAGUAGCGUGUCCGGCGUGCUGAAACAGACACCGCAAGAACUGGCACGCGCGCAUCCAUCGUAGGGUCACGUUUAAUCCAAAAACAGAGGAAUAACAAACAAGCGAACAACAAGAGCAGGUGCGCCGCGCCUUUCGAUUUCUCUUUUUUUCUUCGUACGCCAGCCGUCACGGAGGACGGCUGGCCGCAAACGCGGGUGUUUGUAUGUGUUGGGGGUUUUCGGCAGUAAAAGUUACUUUAUUGCUCCCUGAAAGCUUUUGUGUGAUCAGCAAUCGACGAAGCUGGUAGACUUCUCCCGUUCAUUACUUUGAACACACUUCUCCAUUCUUCAAACUAGCUGUGCUAGCUGUUUUCUAACAGACAAGUUAGAAAGCAGGCAGUUUCGGUUCCGUUUCUGGUCGCUUCGCCUUUUCGUCCGCUCCCGUUUUUGAAAAGCAGACGACCGGAGCGACGCGGCGAGAGAGCAGACGAUGCAACAACUACCAUUCGCCGUUCGGGGAAGUGAGGGUUGCGGCGGCGCUAUGAAGUGGACAACCGUGGCGCGGCUACCAUUUCGUGUGUCCUGGUGAUUCGUGACCAAAACCACGCUUCACGUGCCUGUCUUACCGUCGCCACUUUAUCGAAGCAUCACCCGGAUACAGCGCCGAGUACUUGGAAGAACACGAGGCAGGUGUUGUGGUGGUCCGCGCAAGCGUCGGUCGCCCUGCGGAGACAGGCCGCUCCAACAGUGGUCGCAGCGCUCCGGCGACUACGUUCUUGCCGGGGCGGAUCGAGCGAGGACGCAACGUGCGCUUCACUGCUGGCCUCGCCACACAGCAGCGAGGAGGUCUCGCUGCUCGAAGCAAAGCAGUUGCACCAGCAAUAAGGUGCAAGGACGACCGGACGCGGCCGCCAUGAUGGUCAGCCCUCGCCUUCGGAAGUUGCUUCCGCUUAUGGCUGUUUCCUUCUCUUUUUUUGCCGCCACAGGCAGCCUGAGCCCAUUCCUGGGCCUGCAGCUGCGCGCCGUCGGGUUGUCCGAUGAGGAGUCCGUGCUGGUGAUCACGGCGGCCGCGUUCGCCAGCCUUCUUGGUCCCGUGCUCGUGGGGCUGGUGGCUGAGCGGCGGCGGGCCUACCGGUCGCUGUUGGUGCUGUCGCUGGUGCUGGCAGGCGCCGGCUACUCGGCGCUGCUGGCAGUGCCCCCCGUGGUGCGCAGUCCGCGCAGCCCGCUGCUCGAGUUCGACUGCCCGUCGGGUCUGUACCUGGAGCGCUGCCCCGAGUGGGACUCGUGCACGGCGUCCGAGCUGAACCCGCUGGGGCUGGCCACGUUCCGCGUGUCCAACUGCCACUACCAGUGCGGCGGUAACCGCAGCAGCAGCGCCGAGCGGCGGCAGCCCAUCCACUUCUGCUUCCUGAGCCACGAGGGCAACCUGUGCAUCAUCCACGAGGCCGGCACGCGUGACAAUUCCACCACCGAGUUCGGCGCCAGCUUCCUGGCCAAGACGGCGCGCACGCUGGUCGACGUGAGCGUGGCCAAGUUCCUCGAGCACGAGGGCAGGGGCGACGACGAGCUGGUCGACGUGUGCAGCUUCGACCUUCUCGCACCCAUCGUGGUCAACCAGAAGCAGUUCAACGACUACGAGUGCCGGCCGCACCCGGAGGGAUGCACCAUCCGCUGCUCGGUGGCCGUGGCCGACAACCUGGGCCGCCGCAUGCAGUCGGCACGCUGCACGCAGGUCAAGGGCGACCCGCAGCUCACGUUCUGGGCCACGCUGGCGCUGCGGGUGUUCGCCGACCUGUGGCUCAUGACGGCAUUCUACCUGGUCGAGGCGGUCACGGUGCUCUCCAUCAACGACUUCACCGGUCUCUACGGACGCAUCAAGUUCUGGGCCGCGCUGGGCGUCGCCAUAUCCGCAGUCGUGACCGGAGUGCUGGUCGACUACUACAGCGAGCUAACGGGGGCCGCCGACUACUCGCCGGCGGUGUUUGUCUUCGACGGGCUCGCUCUCGUCUCGUGUGCGCUGGCGGCGUUCCUGCCCGCCGUGGAGGACAAGAAGGCCAACCACCUGCUCCACUACGGCCUUGGCCAGGAGCCCCGCUUCUGCUCGCUAGACGCGAGCGUUCUCUUCUUGCUCGUGCUCGUGCUGGGGACGGUGUGGGGCUACAUGGAGACGUACCUGCCCUGGAUGUACGCCGAGAUGGGUGCCAGCCACCUGCUGGUGGCGCUGUCGCUGGCGCUGCCCAUGGGCUGCGCGCUACCUUUCCUGGCCAUCGCCAAGAACCUGGUGCGCAACAUCGGCCGCGCCAACCUGCUCGUGUUCGGCUUCCUCUUCUACGCGACGCGCGCCGCCGGCCUCUCCUUCGUCACGGCCCGCUGGUGGGUCGCGCCUUUCGAGGCCAUGGAGACGUUCACGCUGCCCGUGCUCUGGGUCGCGCUGGUCGCGGCCGCCCAAAAGGUGGCGCCCUCCAGCCAGAGGCUCACCGUCCAGUGCGUCCUCGUCGUCCAGCACUUCUGCGUCGGCCGCGGAACGGGCACCAUCGCGGGCUUCUUCCUGAAUGCCACUUUCGGCCAGCGGACCACGUUGCGCGGCGUGGCUGUUGUGUGCGCGGGUGUGGGCCUGCUCUACCUGUUCCUGUACCACACGUGCCUGCGCAGGAUCCGCAGGAAAAGCCGCCGCCGCCAGUCCGCCAUGCCCGCGACCAUCAAUGGCGGCUGGUACCCGAUGCAGAACUCUCGGGCGAACGGCGACACGCCCGCCCACCGGCCCAUGAUGGGCGACCAGGACGACACGGACACUGGCGGCUUCGAAGACUCCGGCUGGUCACACAGAAAGAACAGGAACUGACCCCUCGAUAACGAGAUUUCCGGUCAGGUGAACCCCCAGGAGCCGCAUGGAAGAGAUCUGUCCUCGAAAAGAGGGGAAACUUCACCGCGGGACAUGCCUGCUGUGUGGCCCUGUUGCAGAACUGUAGCUCGUGUUUCCGACGAUGCGAGAACAACCAAUUCAGUUUUGGAGCUGCUCCGCGAUAACUAGCGCCGCUGCAACAUCCCGGGCAGCGCAGGCACACACACACACACAGUGGCAGCUCUUGCCCGGGUGGGCGAGUUGGUGCGAGUUAAACACAUUGGCUUCAGCGUAACGUGGAUGAGUACACUGCGUUGUCGUCGUCCUUGUAUGCAUCGUUGAAGCUAGCGUGUACGACGGCGAGGGAGGCCAUAAUUAUUUGCAACGUUAUGUGCGCGUUAGGAUGUGUGUAGGGUCCGUUGACCAGAGUGGCGCCUCGAGCGUACUGCAGCGUCCGCAGUUCUCAACAGCGCUUCUGGACGACGCAGGCUUAGACUGCUGUGGCAAGGACGCGCGCGGAUGUCGUGUGUCCUUCAACCGAGCGUUGCUUGCGAGCGCUUGUCUGGCCGGAGUGUCGUGUGCCCUUCGCCUGCUCUAUUUGUGCGCACAUUCCCGCUGAAUCCACACCAAUCCAUCUGUUUGAUGUAAUGCUUAAGCAGCGACUCACUGCACGGGGACACAGCAUGCGGCGCUUCGUGAAAUAAGUUUGUGAGCCGAGUGCUCGGCGAGGAAGGGGAAACUGACCGUGGUAGCAGGACGAUCCGAGUCGCUGUGCUGUCCAGUAACUUGGAAAAAUCCAGCUUGAUGAACAAGUGUCUGUCGACGAACACUGUGGUCUUUGUGCUGCCAGAACUUCCGCGGUCUGCUAGUUGCGCUUGGUUCCCGUCGGUGCAGCGACGUUGAUCGAAGUGCAGAAUACGACGAGUGCAAGCCGCGCCCCGAUAGCUGUCGCAACGCCAGCGAAGUGAAAAAUUAAAUUAUGUGGUUUUACCUGCCAAAACAACUUUCUGAUUAUGAGGCACGCCGUAGUGGAGGACUCCGGAAAUUUUGACCACCUGGGGUUCUUUAACGUGCACCUAAAUCUAAGUACACGGGUGUUUUCGCAUUUCGCCUCCAUCGAAAUGCGGCCGCCGUGGCCGGGAUUUGAUCCCGCGACCUCGUGCGCAGCAGCCCAACACCAUAGCCACUGAGCAACAACGGCGAGUACCAGCGAAGCACGUGCACACAAAUCGCACUGGGCUUAAAUGUGGUAGCGAGAACGUGUCACACGCCCGCUUCUUUUCAUCAUCAUUUAUUUAUUUCUUUUUUUUUUUUUUUUUCCUUAAGGACCCCUGUCGGGGUAUUACAUAAGGGGGGGUUACAGAAGAUAAGGAUAGAAACAAAGAUAUGGUUACAAUUUCUUACAAGACUCAGCCUGUGGAUUCGCAUUAAAACAAACAAACAACAACAGCAAAAAAAAAGCAUGCCACCCUGUGGCAUUUGAUACUAGAAAGUUCGAUGGUUUUGUAUUAUUGAGGCUCAGUGCCUCGAGUAUCUUAUGCGGCUUUUGUUAAUAGCUACUUUUUCGUCGGCCGCCCUCGCAACUGUGUCAAAUGUGACUGAAAGCGUUUACCUAAUUAGUGAUGAAUAUGUGCGGUGGCUUCGUUGCAAUACCGAAGGAAGAUUCCAGCCCAAAGCACAUAUUUUUCGCGCUGAUCGCCAGUGGACAGAAAAGAAAAAUGAGCGCUCUUUUUUUCGCGUCUGUUAAGCACGGCCGAACGAUGAGCAGGCACAUAACGAUCGAGCGAUGUGUGCACGUGACCUAAACGCUUGCGUAAUAUCAAAUUAGUCCAACCUGCUUGUUUUCAAUGAAUGAUGCAUUGCAAAGAGCAUGUCUUGUGAGCUUUGCGUGUAGUACAUGUGCGAGUUCUUCCUUGUGUUUUGCGUUAGCUGCAAUAUUUUGAACUCUUCGUGCGUUGUAGCAAAACGCGAGAAAAGUAUUGCCGGUGUGCGAAUAUAGAUGCGGAACGCAUACCGGCAUUAGCGCUCGAGUUGAAGCAUAUCUAGCAUUUGUCAUACAUGUCGCAACAGUCUAUGACAGUUACAAAGCCAGAACUUCGAAGGUUGCUCUACAACCAACCAUUCCUAUCCAGAGAAAGUAGUAGCUUCACACUAAACAUAUCAAACUUAGACUGAUAUAGGCAUAAUUUUUAACGUGUUUUCUUGAGCUAAGGCAUAUAUAGGUUUUAUUCGUCCCAGAUGAGCUGCUUGUUUAUGCUUUACUAUUAUAUUUUCCCCUUCAUCGUUCCAUCUCAGGGAAGUCAGUAAAAUGCACUCAACUGCGUUGAGAUGCCUUAAACUGCUCACGCAUGAUGCCAUUCGACAACGACGUGGCCGUUUUCGCUUUCUGGAUUCACGGCCAGCGUUCCCACACAACAGCAUGGAGCAAUGCCAAAGCGCUUAUGAACAACUGGUGCUUAAACUUGAUGGGCCUACAGUAGCACGAUAACACGCAGCCUAGCAGGCGGAGGCAACAGUUUUCAGUAGCACAUGCUGCCGAUGUCGCGUCGCCAAAUUCACCGCUCAUUUUGGGGCACAUGCAUGCAGCUUCUGACCCGAGUGGGCAGCAGUACAUACCACAACGUGCAAAGCUCGCGCACUCCUCACAACGCGCGUGCACAGAGCUCGGCUGUACGCAUCGGGGCCAUUAUGGGAAGCGUUGAUGCAGGCGCGCGUAUGUUAGCGUUAAAAAUGACGUGCCAUUCUUGUGGCCUCCCUGUCGGACGGCGACAGCGUAUUGUCGCUGCGCGCUGGAACAGCACCAACUGACCUGCGCUAGCUCCCCGUAGACGCUUUUGUUUUACUAUUUCUUGAAGGCACAGUAAAAGAAAAAGCAAACAUACGAAUGAAUGUAACCCCGCAUCGUGGAGGAACUCCAGUAACGCUCUGUCAUCUUGAAGCCAUGUGCCGCGGUCACAGCCUGAGCGCCGGACAUGUGGUGUGCCUAAGCACAGCAGCAGGCAUCACUGCCAUACAGUUGUGGCGGGCGUUCUUGGUAGGAUACCCGUGUGCCCCCCUCGCAAUUAGGUGAGUUUCCCUGAGCCGGGCUGGGUACACGUCUUCGAUGCCUGUCCACAUUCCGUUUGACAUUCAUUGCGCCAAGCGGGUUCUUUCCGCAGGCAGCACACAGGGAUCUCGGAAAACGGCGCCACCGAUCUCAAGCCGGGAAAGAAUUCGCAAAGGAGCACUGUCAUAAUUGUGGCGGCAAUGCUGAAAGCGCCUUCGCUUCCGCGCACUCCGCCACGAGCACGCCGCUGCACUGUCGCACGCUUUCCUAGACGAACCAGCUUUCGCUCCUUGUUGCGCGACCGGGCGAAUGAAGCGUCACGCGCGAGAGCCACGAGCGCGUAUCUGCGCGAUGCGCUGCUGUGAGGUUCCGAAGGAAGGAAGGAAAUCAACUUUAUUCGAGGUCCUGCAGGCCACGAGAGCUUUGGGCUCUCAUGGAGUGGGCGUCUCCCACGACGGAACCGGCAGGUUGAGUUUCCUGGCGGCGUCGUGGACCUGCUGGACGCCCCAGAGUUGGGGAGCGAGUUCUUCGCUCCGAAUUGCUUUUUCAAACUUGCGCUUGUCCGGUUCGGAGCUUAUGUGAGCUUGCGAGCACGGCCAGAGUAAAUGAUAUACGUUAAGGGAUCUAUUGCAAUUGGUGCAAUAAGACUUGUCGUAGAGCUCAGGCAUGUAAUGGUUCCGAAGCCCCCCUUGUAACUGCGCCACCACCGUCCGUGACCGCGGCCUGCUGUGCUUGAAGCUCCCCGUGUAGUUGAUCUUAAAGGCACACGAAGAAAAAAGAACAGGUUCAUAACAAUAAUGACAUAGGGAUGAACGCUCGCGCUUUAUUUUCUGCCUGUGUUUUCCUCGCCUCAUUUAACGAGCUAUUCCAGCUUAUAUACUGUUCGAAUCGGCACAAUCGCUGGGGAGAAGUCCACGGUUGCUGGUGAAUGGGUUACCAUAGAGUUUCUCACUAUAACACCUAGAGGGUAAUCUGGCGCCACCGUCUAUGGGAGUUUCUUAAGGGGGCACCGUGCCGUCAUGGGAAUGACGGUAUAUGUGUUUGCGAGGCUCGUGUUGGCUGGUGUUGUAAGAGGCUUCGUCUAAAACGUGGAUAUGGCUACGCAAAUAACGCGUUCUCAAAGUAAAAUCUUCAUAAAAUGUUUCCAUUCCCGCAUAUUACAUCUUUACUCACCCACAAUGCAUGACCAAGCGAAGAAAAGCAAGAACAGACGACCAACUGUUUCAAAUCGAGCGCGAACCUUGUCGUCUGUCCUCCAACUUUAGCGGCCCGCUGAUACUUUUUACGUAACAUAUAAUUCUACAUGCAAUAACAAGUUCUCACAGUUAAACAAAACAUGUUUUCGCGUAAUAAUAAAGCUAAAACAGCUUUUCACGUGCUGUUCUAGUAGAAAAUGAAUCAAUGUGACAGACGGAACGGUACUUGCCAAGCGCGUCUUCAAGGUGUCCUGUCUCUACGAGAACGAUGCCAAUCCGAAUCCACAAUAUACCGGCAUUCCCAUGCAUGCCACAGCGCAGCAGCGCCAGAUUUCCCUCUAGGUAAUGUAGUGAGAAACUCUAUGUGGGUUACAACGCACACUUAAUCUCAAAUUACAAUCCGGCAGUCCCACUAUUCUAUACUUAGUGUGUUUAAAGUUAAGCACACAUUAAGUUAAAUGAACACGUGAGCAACACAACUGCCUCUUCCAAAGUGCUUUGCGCUCCUAGGAGAACACUUCUUACGCGGUAUGUAAAAAAUCAUAAAUAUGAAUAAUCAACAAAUAUUGAUAUCUUGAUCGCUAUAGAAGAAUUGCACAAACUGAACUUGCCUUAGGUUACGGCUGUCUGCAAGUUUUCCAUAUAAAUGUAGACUUUAAACUCCGAAACAAGAUUUCGUAAUCAUUCUGACAGCAACUUGCCCUGUACCGCGUGUCGUCCUCAAAGGAGCUCAAAGCAUCUAUGGAAGACGAUGCUCCGCCUUGAAUAAAAUUAGUUCGUUUGAAGGCACGGUAUAUCGCUCGCCCUUAUGCAGGCAAAAGGGGUCCGUCACGAUGAAACUUCACCUCGACCUACCCGUCAUUGCGUAUCCCGGCCCGCCAUUCGGUAACGAGGGUUGUAUACGAGUCACGACUCAUUCCGAACACUUGCUUCACUGGACGAUGGUCGCAGCUUUCGCUGCCGCACCAUUCCCUGCACGCUUGAGGUCAUUUAUCCUAAGUGCGUGUUGACCACGUUUCCAGGGUGAGCCCCAUUAUGGACUAGUGCGAACAAGCCGUGUUGUGAGUGUCGUUGUAAAUAAAAUAUACGUUCAUCACUGAA